AUGGCACUGGGAAAUUAUACCAUAGUGACUGGCUUCAUCCUCCAGGGAAUAACAGAAAAUCCAAAACUGCAAAUCAUCCUCUUCAUGGCAUUCUCCAUCAUCUAUUUCUGCACCCUGGUGGGGAAUCUAGGGAUGAUCGUGUUAAUCCGUGUUGAUCCCCGACUCCACACCUCCAUGUAUUUUUUCCUCAGCAGCUUGUCUUUCUUAGAUAUUGGCUACUCCUCUGUGAUUGCCCCAAAGACGCUGGUAAUCUUUUCUGCAGAGACUAAAGACAUUUCUUAUGCAGGGUGUGUAGUUCAGUUUUUCUUCCUCUCUCUCUGUGCCAACACCGAGCUUUGCCUCCUGGCUGUGAUGGCCUACGAUCGCUUUGUAGCCAUCUGCAACCCAUUGCUUUAUCAUGUUGUUAUGUCCAGGAGAGUCUGCAUCCAGUUGGUGCUGGGCUCUUAUCUCUGUGCCUUUGCCAGUGCAAUCGCCCACACUAGUUCUUUGUUUUGUCUGUCCUUCUGCCACUCUCAUGUCCUCGAUCAUUUCUUCUGUGACAUCCCCCCUCUCCAAAAGAUCUCAUGCUCCAACACUCGCGUCGAUGAGCUGGUGCAUUUCACCUUUGCAGCUAUAGCAACCAUUGUCACCAUUGUGAUCAUCCUUGUCUCCUACACUCAUAUCAUCUUUGCCAUCCUGAGGAUCCGCUCUGCUGAGGGCAGGCACAAAGCCUUCAACACCUGCGCUUCCCACCUGACAGUCGUUGCUAUGCUGUAUGGGACUCUCUUCUUUAUGUAUCUGCGCCCCAUCUCCAGCGACUCAGCAGAUCAGGAUAAAGUGGUGGCUGUGUUCUAUACCCUGGUGAUCCCCAUGCUGAACCCCCUGAUCUACAGCCUGAGGAACAAGGAGGUCAGAAAUGGUUACAAGAAAAAUAAAGACAAAAUGCUUCAUAAACAUAACUAGAUGUGGUUCAAGGCGGAAUUCUUACCAUGUUUUCAGUACAGUGCUGACUCCCAUAGUCCAACAACUGUUUCUUUUGUCAUCUCAGGUGAAAAGAAAGAGAUGGGUAGGAAGAGAUAACUUGGGGUGUCUUUGCCCCUACUUUUAUAGUUCAGUCAUCUGUUUAAAUGCCUUUUCCUGAGUGUGACCCCCUACAUAAAGUUCUUUCCAGCUGAGAGCAAGGAAACAUGGAAUCUGGUGAAUGAAGGAGGCUGCAUGCUAUUUCUUUUCACCUAUGUAUGCUGAAAUACAGAUUUUCUUUGGCUUCUUUCUUCCCCCCCGCCCCGCUUUCACUGUCUGAGGACUCUGUUUAACACAUAUACAAAUUGAGAUAAACACACAUCCCUUGUUUAAGACAGGCCUGCUUGGCUAGUUCUACCUAAUCUGGGCUAUGUGAGUUUGAACAUGUGCCCUUAACAUCAUACAGGGGGAUUUCAUAACUUUACACUUAAUAUCAUGGUAAAAUGUAUGUAGUAACAUUAUUGACCACUGAGUUAUCUUUCAAAUGAUACCUCACUAGGCAUAUUUUAUACAGACAUUACUACAGUAGUGUAGAAUGUGAAUACAGAGGUGCAUUUGGUCACAGAGAGAAUGAACAGAACAGCAAUUAUCAAGUGACCCAUCCAUUGUUGUCCAGUCCCAGCAUCCAGCAGUAAGAGGUAGAGAUACCCAGAGCUUGGGGUUGCAUCUUUGACUAUCUUGGCUAAUAGCCUCCAUGAACUUAUCUUAUUUCUUUUUGAACCCAGUUAUGCUUUUGGCCUUCACAAUAUCCUCUGACAAUGAGUUCCACAGGUUGACUGUGCAUUGUAUGAAAAAAAUUUAAUCUAAUUAAUUUUGGUGACAUUUCUAAAUAUUUAAACUUUCUUUAAAAAAAGGAACUUUGACUGUUGAACAAGGAACUGAGAACAGUGAAUAAGGAACUAGGAAUAAGGACCACUUUGCACCUUGGUGAAGAACACUCUUUUUGUUUCAUAAGGAGUAGGCUGGCUGGACAACCCCUUGAAAAUCCUGCAGAAGGAAUGGAAUAUCCUUUGAAAAAAAGUCCUCUGUGCUGGCCUCCAAUCCCAUCUCAAGAAGACCUGCCAUGAGGUAAGCAACUUAUACAUACAUGUUUGCAGACAGUGGAGGAGGGUAUAGAACACAUCUUGGGCAUUCCUCCAUCUCCCUCUGAGAGAAAUGUGGGGAGGAGAGGUGCUAAACCACAACAUCUCAAAAAACUCUAAAAAAACAUUAAGUUUGAAUUCAACUCUAGCGAUGAAUAAAGUGUUAUGUCAUAUAUAACGGAAUGGGGGAAUUUCAUGAAUCAGUCACCCAUCUCUGAUUGGACUGUAUACUAUGCAUUUGCACAAGUGCACAGAGAUGCCAGGGCAGGGCCGGUGCAACCACUAGGUGAGCUAGCGGGCCACCUAGGGCACUAAGUGGUUGAGGGCGCCAAAAAGUGUGCUCAGGGGAGGCGGUGGA